AUGGUCGGCACACCAGUUCAAAUUCGAAUGACCUUCGUUCUUCUAGUUGGGAUCAGGGGUAUGGUGCGCAAUCCGUUCUACGAUUCAGCUGGCACUCAACGCUUUUUUGGAUACGCUUCUCGCUAUACGUUCAAGCGAAAACCUGUGUUAUCGAAUGUCUCGUGUUAUCGCAUCAUCAAGGUACUUCCUAACGUACCAUUUUUCUCGGAUUUCGCGCUCAACCGCGGCCCACUACGGAUGCGGGUUCCUCACCAUUUGAUUUACCAUCAGAAAGGUCGGAGCUUCUGCACCUGA